AUGAAAGAUGCGGCCGAGCUGCUGGGACACCGGGAGGCAGUGAAGUGUCGGCUGGGCGUAGGGGGCUCGGAUCCGGGGGGACACCCGGGAGACAUGGCUCCCAACUCGGACACGGUGGAAGGGACCACCCUGCUGCCGGGGGAGGACAUCACCACGGUGGGAUCCAACCCCAGCUCCUUAGCCGUCAGCGCCAAAGACCCCGACAAACAGCAAGGCCAGCAGGGCGGCCAGAACCCCAGCCAGGCUGGGCAGCAGCAGGGGCAGCAGAAGCAGAAGCGGCACCGCACCCGCUUCACGCCGGCCCAACUCAACGAGCUGGAGAGGAGCUUCGCCAAGACCCACUACCCGGACAUCUUCAUGCGGGAAGAGCUGGCCUUGCGCAUCGGCCUCACCGAGUCACGGGUGCAGUAUGUGGGCUCCACGCUGAUUAAGGAAUACUCCAAAUAG